CAUCCACAAGCCUGCCUUCUUCUCUGUUUGCAUUUAUCCAUUCCUUUCUUUGUAAAUCUUCUUCAAACCCUCUGGUAGGGCUUGCACACUCCUUUGAAGCACAGUCACUCCUUCUGCAACGAUGCAUUUUUCGCUUCUCACUACUGGCCUCUGGUGGGCUUCUGCUUACGGUGCAGCUGUUGAGAUGCUGAAAAGGGACACACCCUUGAAGGUUGAGCUCACUUCUCUCGGCAGCAACAGUAUGGUUAAGGCUGCAGUCACCAAUACCGAUUCUCGGGGAUACAAUUUGUUCUACAAGGGCUCCUUUCUCGAUGGAGAUUCUCCCGUAGACAAGUUUGAGGUCCACGGAGAAGCGUCACGAGCUGCGUUCAACGGGGUGCUUCUCCGGAUGGCCACCACCAAUCUUGAGACAACGCAAUUCGUCCCCAUACAGCCUGGGCAGACUAUCGAGACAGAGAUCGACGUCGCCGAGCUUUACGACGUCGAGACUUCCGGCAGCUAUACCGUCCGAGCAGUCGGGUCCAUGCCGUAUGCCGAACUGAACAGCACCACUCUCACCGGCAGAUCAGUAGCAUUCUCCAGCAACGCUCUCACCAUGGACAUUGAUGGCGACCAAGCCAAAGUAGUCCCAUACGCCGUCCACACCAUGAUGGCAAAAAAACGCACGGAACUGAGCACCAACGGCUGCUCCGGCCAGCGAAGUACAGCUCUCAAGCAAGCACUUUCCAACUGUGCCGAUCUCGCCAACAACGCCGCAUCCGCCGCCGCAGCCGGCUAUAAACUCCAAAAAUACUUCAAAUCCAGCUCCAGCUCCGUCGCCAACACAGUCUCAGCGCGCUUCGCCGCCGUCGCCAAAGAAUGCGCCAGCACCACCAACGGCGUCACCGACACAUCCUGCUCCGACGACAAAUACGGCUAUUGCCAUUCAGGGGGCGUUUUGGGCUACACGUUGCCCGCGUACAAUUAUAUCGCAUACUGCGACAUUUUUUACACAUAUCUCGAGCCUGUCAGUAGUGAUUGCCAUGGGCAAGAUCAGGCGACGACGGUUUUGCAUGAGAAAACUCAUGCGCCACUGGUGUAUAGCCCCGGCACGGAUGAUUAUGCGUAUGGGUUUGAGGCGGCGAUGGAUUUGAGUAGUUCGCAGGCGGUGUUGAAUGCGGAUACGUAUGCGUUGUAUGCGAAUUCUUUGUAUGCGGGUUGUUGAUGAAGAAGAAGAUGAAGAGGAAGAAGAAGAAGAGAGAGUGCCUUGAGGGAUUUGGAGAUGAGGGAUACGAUACGACAACAGAACAGAGAAGAAAUGAUGAGAAACAGCAAUUCGGAACAGGAUGGUAUAGAGCGAGGAUGAAGAAAGCAGGAUGAAGAAAGCAGGAGAGAGAAGUGGGAAAAACUAGAAAGGUGUACCCUACCUGUAGGCAUCUAGAAAUCAACGACUUUAUGAACGAACGCUAG